AAUGGGGGUCAUGAACUUUUACCUUUUACGGUGUCGCGUUUUUCUUCGUCACACUGUUAAAGAUCCUCCAAUAUUAUUGAAAAGAUAGCUCUCAAGUAUGCUAUACCUGUUGCAAUUUGGAUGUUUGAAGUAAUGAAGACAACGGUUGAUUAGCGAAACUAUGUACCACAAGUUCGACUUAACCCGGAACAUCAAAGUUAAGCGUAACGGAAACGUUUCCGUAGUGUUAGCUGCUCUAUUGGCAUACACGUGAACUUGGUGUAUUCCCUCAUUGUACAUUUGAAUCGUAGAAAAAAUCUAAAUGUAAUAGUUGCUCAAAAAAAGAUUACCAUCUGUAUUCCGUGUUGCUUCUGUCAGGAAUCGGUACAUCAACUAACUAUGAUUUAGGUUAUGUGGAUGAUUUAACGUUAACUUGCAUGUCUUCCUAGUUUGCUAGUUGUUAGCGGUUAGGUUAACUAUCUUAAGUAGCAAGCUAAUUAGUGACCUGGUAAUAAUAAAUGCUAGCUAGCUAACAUUAAUGUUAUCUAAUCCAAAAGCACGGGUAACCAACAUUAAUGCGUUAGCCAAUUAGUUCCAGCUUUCUCGUGUUUGAUUGUGAGCUAUCUUACGCCAUUGCAAACCUGAGUUGCAAAGCUAGUCUCCAGUCCAAACCGCUAGCUAAACAAUAUGGGAGGCAAGUGUAAAUAUUACUUUGGCGUUUUGACAUGAUGGCUACGCUAGUCUAACAUUCAAUGUCAUGAAACUUGUGGUGACAUUACGGCGUGUAAGUUACGAGAAAGUACGUAGCUACAACUGUAACUAUCACUUGGAUCUGUCGUUUUCAAUUUUGAAGUUUACCUUGCAAAAUCCACGAAUUCAUCCGUUGAAGAUUUCAUGUAACGUUACCAGUUAGUGUAAUAAUCGUAUCGAGAUGUCAUGGGUCCUUCAAUUUACCCUUAUCUGAGCCUUCACUUAAAAUACACGUUUCCACUAAUAAUUUCAAGGCCCUUGUUUUCCGUUAAUAAAAGUUAUUCCUUCCUAUUCAAACGUGUAAUGCUUCCGAACGUGCAUUACUUCUCAACGAAAGACUGGAACGAAGUAUAUGCUAACUACAAGAAAGCAAACAGAGAAAGCAAACAGAAAAACGAUAAUGACGAAAAAAUAGCUGUUUUUGCCAGAUCCGUAUUCGCAGCAGGGACAGCGAAGAGAAAAAACGAGAUAUUCAGGAGUAAGUCGGCAAAUGAAGCGCAAGAACACCAAGAGAAUUAUCGGAGAGGCCGUGGCUUUAAACUCCCAGACAACCCACUCACCACUGCGGAAUGGAAGAAUCUAAAAGAAAAUGCUGAAAACUCUCGCCGAUUUGAAAUACGGGUGAUGAAUAAAAUGUUGUGUGAGAGGGCCGACAUUAACGUGGCCAAAUCUUUUCUGGCGUAUGUCGCGUUAGAGACUGGGACUGUAUCAUAUGAGUUGCUGUUGAAGUACCUGGCCCUGUGUGUCUAUGCCAACCGCCACUCAGAGGUCUUUGAUGUCUAUGACAUUAUGAAGAGUCGCUUCAAGGCUUUUGAUAACGCGGCAAACGGUCUGUUUAUGAGGGGCUUCUGCAUGACUGAACGCUGGAAAGAGGCACUGCCCAUUUUGGAGACAAUCAAAAAACGGUCCGUUCCAUCCCCACGCAACUAUGCCGAUGUCAUCGAUGGAGCUGUGCGACAUGGUGACAUUGCCACCGCGUGGGCUUUAUACAAUGAGAUUCUUGACACGGGCAUUAUCCCUAAACAGCAAACAUGGCAGUCAUUAUUUGAGAGUGGCCUUUCAGACCCCAGUACUGUUGAAAGGCUUGAAUCCAUACUCUACUAUAUGAGAGACAAUCAGAUCUAUCCAAACGAGUCAGUGGCCCAGAGCAUCAAAGCCUGGUUUGAGAGGCUUCCAGGUGACAAAUGGAAAGGAAGAUGGUCCACUGGUGAACCCAGUGCUGUGUGUGAGAGCUGCCAGGUGAAACUGGAGUCCCUCCAGCUGACCGAGGAGGAGUACCGGCAGCUGAAGGAUCAUGUGAUGACGGACGUCAUCGAGGGCCAAGACAUCUUCAGCAAGACCACCCCUGAGGAGCUGGAGCUAUUCAAGGCCUUUGUGAAGCAGAACCCAGCUUUCGAUGUGGUCAUAGAUGGCCUCAAUGUGGCCAACACCACCAUCAGAGGGAAGCAGUCUCAGAUGCUCCUGGAAGUGGUGUCGCAGCUGAAGAAGCAGGGCUGGCGGGUCCUGGUCCUGGGCAGGAAGCACAUGCUGCAGCAGUCCUGCAAAUGGGACCAACGUCACAUGAGCCUCAUCCAGAGGAGGGCUCACUGCUUCUUCACUGACAACCUUACUGAGGAUGACCCCUUCAUCCUGUACGCUGCCCUGCAUUCUGGAAAUCACUGCGUCUUCGUGUCCCAGGAUCUGAUGCGAGACCACAAGGCCUGCAUGCCCAAUAGUGCAAUGAAACGCCUCUUCUUCAAGUGGCAGCGUGGGCACCAGCUUGUACUGAACACUUGGAUACUGAAAAAGGUUCAUUUCCAGUUCCAGACAAUACAGGAUUAUGAUACCAUCGUUCAGACAGACAAAACAUCCUGGCACAUUCCCUAUGAUGCGGAUGGGGUAGACCGGUGCACCUUUGAAGUGCCCCAGAAGUGGCUUUGUCUCACCAGAAAAUGACCUCUUUUUUUUUUUCUUCCAAUAAAAGUAAUUGGUUAUAGCAUGUUUAAAGGGAUGUAUUUAUUUUAUAAAGUUAAUAAAAAUGAUUUCACAAA